GAUUAAUUGUCUUUCGUGAGGUGCUAACAUCGAAAUUUAAAAAAUUUCAAUUCAGUUCGUUCAGAAAAGUUCGUUUUGUUAGCAGAGAAAAAGGAGUUCAGCUGCUUCAGCGCAUUUAACUAUUCGAAUUAGUCCGAUUUCGCUUGGAUUGUUUUUAUUGGAAAUUUUGCAAAAUGGUCGCUUCGUUAAAUGCUUGCCAAAACGGCAUAGUAAGUUCCGCAGUCGGGGGCGCCGCUAAUGGAGUAAUCACCAAUGGCACAGUCACUGCAACCAAUGUGAGCAAGACUUUGGCUAAAGACAAGUACACUUUGGUGGGCAUCGAUAUUGACACAACGGGACGUCGUCUCAUCGAUGAAAUUGUCCAGUUGGCCGCAUAUACCCCAAAAGAUCAUUUUGAACAAUAUAUUAUGCCAUACAUGAACUUGAAUCCUGCCGCUCGUCAACGUCAUCAAGUACGUGUGAUCUCAAUCGGAUUCUAUCGUAUGCUGAAAUCAAUGCAAACAUAUAAGAUUAUCAAGUCCAAAUCGGAAAUCGCUGCCUUGAAAGAUUUUCUUGAUUGGCUGGAAGCGCUAAAAGCCAAAGAUGCAGCAUCGCAAGGUAUCAUUCUAGUCUAUCAUGAGGAACGCAAAUUCAUUCCAUAUAUGAUUUUGGAAUCGCUUAAAAAGUACAAUCUGCUGGAUAGAUUCCUCAACACUGUCAAAUCUUUCGCUAACGGUUUUAAUUUGGCCAAAGACAAUGCCAACGAAUCAUUGCAACAUUAUACAUUGCGCAAACUGUCCAAAGUCCUGAGCGCCAAAACACUUGAGAUAAACAAUAAUGCUUCCGAUGGCGAAGCAAACCACAACAUAAGCUCAACGACUGUGACAGCCGAGAAUCAGAGCCCCCAAAAGUCGUUGAAUAAGGGCGCUCCAGCACAGGAGCGUGAGUUGUUUGACGGCAAUGCUAGUGUGCGUGCUAAACUGGCAUAUGAAGUAGCACUGCAGUUGAGCAACCAAGAACAAAAGGUGCCCAUUGAUUCGUCUGCUGCAUUGGAGCAGAUGCUCACCGCCUUGCAUACGUAUGCACAACCCAUCGAAUGCGAUUUGAAUGAACUACAGACUCAAAAUGAGAAUUUAGAGCGUCAAAAUUCAUUCCGACCAGUGUUUUUGAACUACUUCAAAACCACACUCUAUCAUCGGGUGCGUGCUGUCAAAUUUCGCAUUAUACUUGCCGAACAGCGCUACGACCUGCAAACACUGAAUGCAAUUUGGAGUGAGAAACAGAAAGAGGGUCUCUCCGAAAUACUGCAAGUCAUUGAGGAGCUCAAGGCAGAAGAUAAGGCGGAGUUGGCCGAUUUAUUUGACAGUUACUUCGAUCCAGCAAAAACGACUAUUAAGCCGAUUGUUAAGAACAAUAAUCGCCGCCGAAAUAGACGCGGAGUACGCAACAUUAAAAACGACGGUAGCAAUAGUGCUCGACCAUGUAGCGAACAAGGCGCAGGCGGCGACAAACAAGUCGCAGCCGGCUUGCUGCCCGAUUCCACAACUAAGUCUUCAUCUCCGCCUAACGGUGGCAAGCCUCAGCGCGGUAAGCGUAACCCCCGCUCCCGUAAUAACUCCUUAAAAGCACAGCUACAAAGCGCCGUCGACACAAACAACAUAACGGCAGCAGUAACCAAUUAAGCAUCAAUGUUGAUAAAAAUGAAUUCUACACAGACGCUGUUGCAACAAAAAAAAGUAAUGUUUUCUAAUAGUAUAUUUAACCAGCGUAUGUUUAGACAUAUAUAAUAAACAUAUGUAUUAUUGACCGUUAAGAUAUCAGAAAUAUUUACUAAUGUGAAAAUUAGAGUUUGAUGAUUUUAUAUUUACCUUUUUUAAUACAUUUAUGCAUUAUAUUAGAUUAUACAUACAUACAUAAUACAUUUAUAUUUGGCAGUAUAAGAAAAAAGGAAAAACGUAAAAAUUUGCUUAACGCUUGCAGCUACAAUACACAAUUGUAGAUAACGUUUAAACAAAUGUUUACUGAAGUUAAUUAUAUAAUUAUAUUAGUUUUUCCUUUGCCUGCUCUUAGUACAAUAUUAAUUUGUUAAUGUAUUAUCACGCUUUUGUCAAGACUAAACAUUUGCUUUGUAGUUUCACAAAAGUUGAAAAAAAAAAACAAAAAAAAAAAUUAUAUAACAAAAUGUUAGCUAUUCUAGUUUGACAUCUUACAGGAUUCUAAAAGAAUUCGAAAACUUGUUAACUUAUUUGCACAAAUCGGAAUUUUGAAUUUUUAAAAAGUGCCUUGAAAUUUGUUUUAUUAAUCUUAAAAUAUUAGUUAUAUUUACAUUAUUUUGAAGUCCUUGUAAGAAAUGUACACAAGAAAUAUACAAACUAGUACCUUUUCAAA